ACGUGUACGGUGUUGACUGUCAGUCUCCCGGUUUGCGGAAGCGGUGAGUUCCCAGAGAGGUUCCCGCACCGGAGUCCGGCCGAGCCGGCUGCCGCGCAGCCAUGAGUGUCCCGGGCGUGCUGUCCUUUACCCAGCAGGGCUGGGAGCAGGUGCUGGCCAAAGUGAGACGGGCUGUGGUGUACCUGGACGCCGCCUGCGCCGAGAGCUUGCACUGGGGCUGCGGAGCCGCGCGGCUCCUGGACGCCGUGGGGGCCCCUGCGCGCCACCUGCGCGAGUUCGAGCGGGACGCGGCCGGCGGCGGGGCCGCGCAGCCCAAGGCGGUGUUUGUGCUGAGCGGCCUGCUGAAAGGCCGGACUGUGGACACCCUGCGGGACAUCGUGCGCCGCAGCCACUUCCAGUACUGUGUGGUGGUCACGGCCGUGAGCCACGCCGUCCACCUCACGGCGAACCACGUGCCCGCCGAGCUGGAGGGGCAGCGGCCGGUGUUCGAGCAGCUGGAGGAGAAGCUGUGCGAGUGGAUGGGCAACCUGAACUACACGGCCGAGGUGCUGCACGUGCCGCUGCUGCUCGCCCCCGCGGCCGCGCACCUGGCCCUGACGCCGGCCUUUGCGUCCCUGUUCCCUCUGCUGCCCGGGGACGUGCGUGUCCUCAACAGCGCGCGUCCGGACAAGAGGAGACUGGGGAGCCUGGCCGAGGUGGACGCCGCCGCCCUGACGCCGGAGCUGCAGCUGCAGAUCAGGUGCCUGGUGUCCGGGCUCAGUUCCCUGUGUGAGCAUCUGGGGGUUCGGGAGGAGUGUUUCGCCGUGGGCACCCUCAGCCGAGUCCUAGCUGCAGAUCUGGCGAACUAUGCCCCUGCCAAGAACAGGAGGAAGACUGCCCCGGGCAGGGCGUCGGUGGUCUUUGUGGACAGGACGCUGGACCUCACAGGUGUUUGAAUUUCAGUUGUCUUCAGAGGACAUGAAAACUCUGGAUGGCCUGAACAAAAAUCUUCGCUGUUAUCCAGCGAAUAUGUAAGUGGCUUUGGAAAUGUGUUGCCUCCGUUUAUUUUCUGAUGAGGAGUGUAGGAAAGGCAUUAGCUUCUAUUGCCCUACUAUCUAUGAACAUGCACUAUGGGAAUCACCAAUGUAGCCUAAUUCAGUGUUUGUAAAAUGACACAUACUUCUCUCAAACUUCAAUUCUUAUCAGAUUUAAGGCAUUUUCAACAACCUAUGGUCCUAGGCAGCAGUCAUCUUCAUUCACCAGCAUGUCUGUUUAUAUCUAAGGUCAUUAAGAUAAUUUGCCUUCCACGAUUUUAGACAAGUAAGUUAAUAAGUAAUCUCAGUAACUGUAAUGUACAACAAAAGUCCCAUAUUCAUACAUGAUUGAUUUAUGCUUAAUAGACUUUCUGGAAAAAGUAGUCUUGGAUUAUGGAGACUUUGGAAAAAUUUAGCUUAAACUGAAACACAUGCGAGUUGCUUCCUAUUUAUGUUAGUAGCCUUGUUUGACAACAUUCUCUUCCCUAAACAUGCACAUGUAAGAAUUCAUAAAUUAAGUAAAAAAGUUUCACCUGUAUUCUUCAAAGAAAGCAGUACUAAUUUCAGAAGUCUUGAAAGUUUACUCAUUAAAAAACCUUUUCAGAGAAGAAAAUAGAAGAAUGAGUGUUUACAGAUUAAAGUAAAAUUUAUUUGGUGAUGAAUUUCAACACAUCACACUAAUAAUAAUCGCUGGGGACACCAAAUACUAUAAAUCUCUAAUCUAGGGAUGGAGUGAUCCUUGGAACCUCCAAGCUGAUGGCUGUCAACAAAGUCUUUACAGUUUGGUAUGAAAAUAUUGAGACAUGAGACAAGAGCUGCAUAAGCAUUGUCAAGAUAUCAAACAGACCUUAGCUGUUCUCCUACAUAACUGUGGGAGUCAAUAUGUGUCCCUAGAAUAGGUGGGAAAUUUCAUGCAUAAAGGGGCUUUAGAAACAGGUAAGAAGCUAGAGGUCUAACAUCACCUUUCUUCCUAGUAUUAAACCAUCUCUAUAUAAAGCAAAAGUAACACAUAAAGAUUUCUCCUGCAGUAAACACUGACAGUGCAGUAUCUACCAUGACCUAUUGUCAGAUUAAGGAAAGAUAAGGAAGAGAAGCUGAGCAAAGGUCCCAAACUGAAAAUUGCAUCUUGGCAAUCAGAAAAGGCAAAGAGGAAGAAGUGUUUAUUUCAGGUCAACUUAUAUAAGUCAGGGCUGUUAUCUGUAAACUAAUUUGAUAGUUGAAGUUAUUACACAGAGAUUUUAUAAGAACUGAUGAAUAGCCCUUUCUAAUGCAUUCUUAUCAAUUACACUGUUAGCUAAUAUCAUUAGUUUCUGUUGUCUGUGUUUUUGAGGUUUUUAAUCAAAACAUAAUUUCCUAACAACUUUGAAUGUUUUUCAGAUGCUUUUCUCAAGGUUGUUUCAUAAUAUCAGCUGUUACGUUUGUAUCUUUGAUCCCAUCGGGAUUAUGUUUUCUAUAGGGUGUAAGGUAAAGGUUUUGUUUCAGACCUCUGCAUGUGGAAAUCCCACUUUCCCAAAACCAAUUAUUGAAGAUAAUCUCAUUUCUCCAGUAAGUGUUUUUCAAUCUUUGUCAAAGAUUCGUUGUUUGUAGAUGUGUGUAUUUAAUUCUGAGGAUUCUAUUCUGUUCUGUUGAUGGAAACAUCCAUUUUUACAUCAUUUAUAUGCUGUUUUUAUUAUAAUAGUAUUAUAGUGUGUUCACUUUCAAUUAAACAAUGCAAUUCCAUCUGAUCUUGCAAUGAUCACUUGAAAAAUGUCAAUUAGACAAUUUUGACCUCUCCAUUAUUGAUUUCCCACUGCCACUAAAGAUAAGCAAUUUUUAUCAAUAUUAUUUUGCCUCUAAUGUCAC